CCGGGCCGGCAGCGACGCGGUUCCUGUCGCCGUGACAUGGGUUCCCCCUCCAUGGCGGUUGCCGCGGGAGGCCUCAGAUAACCGACCGCGUCCCCUCUUCCCCUUCCCUCCCUUCCCCCCCCUUCCCUCCCCGCCUGCCGCCAUGCCCGCCCGGGCCUCGCCACCCCCAGCGCAGCCCUCAGAGGAGACAGUCCCUCAACCCAAGGGUUAAACCUUGGGAUCCCUGCCAGGCGUCAGUAAGUUGGCUUCUGGGUGGCAACAGCUCCUUCCUUCCAGCUUCAGCACAGAAAUUGAAACCCUCAGAAGUUUGAUGCUCCUUUUAAAGCAGAAGUCUGUUGGUAAAUGAAGGGAGCGAGGAGAAGAAGCGUCGUGGACAAGAGCUGUGCUGCCUUGGUCACAGAAGUUUAGUUUUCGUGCACGAUUGAAGAACGUGAUGUGCUUCAUUAGAACUCAUUUCUUCAGCUGUUGAGUCCAUGGUAAAAAAUACAUUAACUUUGAAGUGGAACUAAACAAUGGAACCAGAUAUUAUUCGAAUGUACUCCUCAUCCCCUCCACCACUAGACAAUGGAGCUGAUGAUGAUGAAGAUGAUGAAUUUGGAGAAUUUGGAGGAUUUUCUGGUGUAAGCACUGCUGGUGUAGCUUUUGCUGAUUUUGAUACACCGGACUAUGGUCAUCCAAAGGAAGAGUUUAUACCCACAAAUCAUUUCAUCCCACUUCAUGAUUAUUCGGACAAUGUAGCUAGCAUUGCAACUUUCACAUCUGUUAAAAAUGUUAAAGAUAAAGACUGCAUUGCAGAGCUUCCUACUCAUAGUAAGGAACUUUCUGAUACGUCAGCUACUAGUGCCAGCAAAGAAAAAUCUAAGUUUAGAACUUCAGGUAAUGCAUUAGAAGAUAUAAACAAAAGAGGGGAACAAAGAGACAAUACUGGGGAAUCAGAGGAUUUUUCUUCUCGUGUUGUUAGAACUAGUAUAGCAGUUGAGAGCCAGGAUGAGCAAAUAGAUGCUUGCAAUGGUGAGAAACUUCCAUGUCUAGAGAUUCUAACAAACGGAUUUGCGGCGUCGGACCCUGUAAAUCCUCAGGGAACAGAAGAUCUAGACAGUAUCAGUGACUCAAAGGGACUGAAAACAGUUAGCGUCCAUAGUACUGAGCAAAAUUUGAACUCAAUGCCUAGCUCAGGUGAAGACUUUGCAGAUUUUGCUACAUUCUCAAGCAAAAACCCUAUCUGUUUAGAGGGAACGGGACCUACAAUAUGCCGUGUUCUUAAUGAAAGAGACUCUCUGAGCAUUCAGGAGAACAACAGAAUAAACAGAGUAACUUGUGAUGAAGAAGAGGUUUGCAUUUCAGAAAUUAGUUGUGAACAGGGUCCCUCAGCACUGGAAGAUAAUGAAUUUGCAAUUUCUAGUACGUCUCAAACAACUGGAAGCUCAAUGUGCACUACUGAAAAUGGAGAACGCAGUGGGAGGAGAAAACAACAUGGCAUAGAGAAUGGCAAAGAUUUUACUAGGCCUGAUGACUCUUUGGGAACAGAGGACAUCAAGGUUGAUAAGAUCGGAAGCCUAAGCUGUGAUCUUGCAGGAGAAAAAUUUGGUGAUUCUGAAGAUCUUAAGAAUGGUGCAAGCAGCACUGAAGCUGUAGCUUGCGGUGACACGCAUGAUGAUUUUGGUGAUUUUGGUUCAGUCAGCAGUGUAUCUCCCACCUUCAUUAAUGCUCAAGAAUCCCUAAAUGCUCUGGAUUCAGAAGGAGUUUCCGAACAGCCUGCACAUAUUGAAAAACCUAAUGAUGAGUUUGGUGAAUUCAGGGACACAAGUACUGUUUCUCAGCAGCCAGCGAGGUUGGAUCAAGCUGAACUAAGUCAGACUGCUGACACUUUAGAAUGUGAUACUACCAGUAAAACUUCAGGCUUAGACUUCCAGCGUACUACUGAGGUAGAAAAAGGUGAUGAUAGUGAAUUUGGGGACUUUGAUUCAGUGCCAAAACCUCAAGAUGAGAGUGUUGCUUUUCAGGACUCUGAUGACUUUGCGGACUUCAGUUCAGCAGGUUGCAACCAGGCUACGGACUGGAAUGCUUUUGAAGAUGAACAAAAAGACAGCUGUUCUUGGGCUGCCUUUGGAGAUGACCAAGCUGGUGAAUCUCAUCACAGAAAAGAGACAUGGCAGUCACAUAGGACAGAGGCAUCCGAUGGUCCAGUAUUACACAAGACGGACAGUUUUGCUUUAGCAUCUUUCCAAGGAACUACCAGUAAGCAAUCUCAAGAGCCAGCACCUUCAGUUCAGACCACAUUGCUAAGUCGUCUGGAACGAAUAUUUGAAGUGUGUUUCCCUUCCAUGCCUGUGCUUGAAAUUGAAGAAGAAAUAAGUUCAUUGAAUCAUUUGUUGGAAGCGGGUGAAAAGCAGGUGACAACUGAGGAGAUCUUAGCAAAUGCUGGGGAAGUGAUGGACGUGUGGACAGAGCUGCAGGAUAUCCACGAUGCGUAUGGACUGAGAUACCAGUGGGGUGGCUCCCACAGCAACAAAAAGCUUUUGUGCUCCUUGGGAAUCGACACAAGAAAUAUUCUCUUUACAGGCAACAAGAAACAGCCUGUUAUAGUACCCAUGUAUGCAGCAGGACUGGGUAUGUUAGAGCCUACCAAGGAACCUUUGAAACCAAUCUCUGCAGCAGAAAAAAUAGCUUCAAUAGGACAGACACCUCCUGUAUCACCAGAGAUGAACACAUGUACAUCUGAUCAGUUCCAGGAAUCUCUACCACCUGUCCAGUUUGACUGGAGUAGCAGUGGCCUUACUAACCCUUUAGAUGCUAGUGGAGGUUCCACUCUUCUGAACCUUGAUUUCUUUGGGCCCGUGGAUGACAGUAGCUCUAGCAGCACCACCACAAUCCCAGGUGUGGAUCCCGAGUUGUAUGAAUUGACAACCUCAAAACUGGAAACUUCCAAUGCAAGCAACAGAGUGACUGAUGCGUUUGCAAGGCUCAUGUCCACUGUGGAGAAGGCAAGCACGUCCACAAGGAAGCCUAAAAAGGAAGAACAUCUUAGUGAAGAGGCUGCCAAGGUGAUUUCUAGCCUUCCUGACUUAACUUUCAUGCAUGCCAAGGUGUUGAUGUUCCCAGCCACAUUAACACCUUCAACAAGCUGCCAAGAAAAGGUAGACUAAAGUGAUGUGAAUUGGACGUUUUCUAUUGAUUAUUUUUUUUCCCCCCUCUGUGGGUCGUAAAAAGCAAUCUUGCUUUAAUUAAAAAAAAAUCAAGUUCAGAUGAUUUGUUGGUAAGCAGCACUAGAAAGGUAUACAUAAUAAUGUAUAUUUAUUUACAUACUGGAGUCCUAAAUUUAUAUUAGAGAAAAAUGUAAAUAAUUGGGGGUAAAUCUUUUUGAAGAUCUAUUCUUUUUGUUGUGCUGGGGUGUAUACAUUUAUGUCUUUGUGAAAUACACUGGUGGUGUCCUUCUUACAAAACUUUUAAAAAGUUUAAAAAAAAUAAAUAAAUAAAAAAUCCUAGAAACACAUAAUGAAAAUGUCAAUCUUCACGAUCUGUGAAGUCCCCCUCAAAAGUUUUCAGAUUGCAUUGAGCAUCUUUUUCUUUCCUGCAUAUAUUAAAAUAAGUAUUGCUGGGAAAAAAAAAAACCCAAAAGGUUAAAUGGUCCCUUUGCGGGUUUUCAGUUAUUGUUGUUUCUUUAAAACCCAGUAAUUUCAUUUCUGGUUUAACAAGCUUAAGAUGUGUUUUUCCUUUUCUUCUUCCCCCUUUCCUCUCCCCCCCCGCCCCGGUUGAUUGGUUGGCUGAUCAGUUUUUAUGUUCUUAAACUUCAAUAGUAUGGCUGUGUCACUAUAUAGCCUUUUGAAAGGUAUGCUGUCAGUAACUUCUUGUUCCGGUUACGGAUCUCUUGUCUAAACACUUGAUUUUUGGGGGGUCAUUAGAAGUUUGUCUGCUUCUAAUCAGUUUGAUUUUUUGGAAAAGAAGGACCAAAACUAUAUGAAUGUCUUACAAUGAAAUUUACCUGUUUAAAAAUUUUUAUGUUCUGUUGUACCACUAUUCCUGUUUGAUUUUGCACAGUGUAAAAUGACAUAAUCAUAGAUUGCUAUGGUUUUAGGCUGUAUAUACAGUAAAAAACUAUGGGUUGUAAAUGUCUGGGGAAAUUCCUAUGGAAAAAAGAGAGCUAUGUAGAAGAACCUCUAAAAAGGUCAAUGUGCAUGCCCAAGGUCUUUUGAGAUUUAAGUGUGUAAAUUUCCUUUUAGCUUACACAAAAUAAAAUAAUUUAAAAGAUA